UCUGCAUCCUCUCCCUGCCCCCACCCCAUGAAGAGAGGUCCUCAGAAGGGUGAGAGUGAGGGGAUGUGAAUAGGGCACUGGGUGAUCAGGACUGUGGAUGUCUUGACCGAUGGGUGGGUGGAACCCUUGGGCCUGGCAGGAGGAGAUAAGGGUGGGAAGCAGCAGGCAGGCAGGCAGGCAGAGCUCCAGGACCCAGUGUCUGCCCAGCACUCUUCACCUCACCUUGGAGAGCUUCCCGCACUUGGGCCUCCCACCUCUCUGACUCCAACAGGAGCUGGCUUGAGCUCAGCCUCCAGCAGGGAGACCGCCCUGCCCUCCAGCUUACUCUGUUCUGUCCUUGCACAUCCUGCGCUUUGAAGCCUCUUGCUCAGCCCUGUGGCUUCCCCAGAAGCCUUGGCUUAGAGUGGAGAUGCCGCCUAUACAGAUCCCCAGUCCACCAUCAGCCUCCAGGCAAAGUCAGCUAGAAUCCUACCUUCUGGCAUCCAGGUCCUGGGCAGAACCAGGCUCCCCUCUGAUGGGAUCAGGAGGCCGUGCUGAGUGUUUUGGCUACCAGGUCCCGCCCAUACCCAUGCAUCCCCCACCAUGCCUCUAAAGAAUGUAAUUUAUUGGGGCACCCCCAGUGCUUUCCUUACCUAACUCUCUGCCCUACCUUAAUCACACUCCCAGCUUUUCUUCUCUACAAAUACAUAUAUGUGUACAUAAUUAUAUAUAUUUUUUUGCCCAGAUCUGGGUUUUGUUCCUGCCCAGAUGCUGGCAUCCCUUUCCACUGUGUGUGUGUGUGUGUGUGUGUGUGUGUGUGUGUGUGUGUGUGUGUGUGUGUGUGUGUGCGCGCGCGCGCGCGCGCACUGAUGAUGCUGGGGGAGGGGAACUCUGCUUGGAAUUAAAAGGUUGCAUUGGGUCCCCAAAUCUAUUUGUUUUUUAUGAGCCACUAGGUCCAGGUGAGAGGGACAGAUGACGCCAGGCUGAGGGAAGUCACGGGAGUAAGGGUUGGAAUGGGAGCACAUAGGGUUGGAGGAAGUAGAGAGAUGGUGUACAUACUGCCCUUCCCCAACCUGGGCCACGCUGGGGCUGGUCCAGCAGGGCCCUGCCAGCCACCUCUCCUUCAGGGGCGAUGUGAUGGUGAAUGGCAGAGGGGCAGAAACAUACUCUGGAGCCUGACAAGAGAGCCAGCUAGGAGGGAAGGCUGCCCUGUCCUCCCCGAGGCCCUAAAUGCUCCCUUGGCAGGCAAGCUCAUCAACAGCUGGUUUGACUGCACCCUCCAGCGCCGAAGAUACUCACAGUUCAAUGGGAAGGCCAAACGCACAGAAAAGGUCAACAGGCGGGAGCCCAGCAUUGACCUGCUGGAGGCAUUCGUGGAGCACUGGAAGGGCAUCACGCACUACUACAUCGAAAGCACAGAUGAAGACACCCCAGCCAAGAAGACAGAUAUCCCCUGGAGGCUGAAGCAGAUGCUGGACAUCCUGGUGUACGAGGAGAGGCAGCAGGCGGCCAGCGAGGCCGGGCCGUGCCUCGAGUACCUGCUGCAACACAAGAUCCUGGAGACCCUGUGCACCCUGGGCAAGGCCGAGUACCCCCCAGGCAUGCGGCAGCAGGUGUUCCAGUUCUUCAGCAAGGUGCUGGCCCAGGUGCAGCACCCUCUCCUGCAUUACCUCAGCGUCCACAGGCCUGUGCAGAAACUUCUCCGGCUUGGUGGGACAGUUCCUGGGUCCCUCACAGAAAAGGAGGAAGUGCAGUUCACCACUGUCCUCUGCUCCAAGAUCCAGCAGGACCCAGCCCUGCUCACCUACAUCCUGGAAGGUAAAAAGACGGUGGCUAGGAAGCAGGUAUCCAGAGAACCCACCGCCCUGCCUGGAGAGAUGGCCAGCAUCGAAGACAAGGACCACCCUCACAGCAAGGCUCCUGACACGGGUCCCUGUGGAGCCGGGGCCUUGACCACGCAGCUGCCUGCUGAGACCGAGGAGCCCAGUGGAGGGAUUGGGGAGAACAACCUGGUCACCUCCCUGAUUGGCUUGUGCAAGAGCAAGAAAGGUCGGGUGGCCCUGAAGGCCCAAGAGAACCUGUUGCUCCUGGUUAGCGUGGCUUCCCAGGCAGCUGCCACCUACCUCGUGCAGAGCAGCCCCUGUUGCCCAGCAAUCGUUGAGCACCUUUGCCAGCUGUACCAGUCCAUGCCCACGUUCCUGGAUCCCGCAGACAUUGCUACUUUAGAGGGCAUUAGCUGGAGGUUACCCAGCGCCCCAUCCGAUGAGGCUUCCUUCCCUGGCAAGGAGGCCUUGGCUGCCUUUCUGGGCUGGUUUGAUUACUGCGACCAUCUCAUCAUGGAGGCACACACGGUGGUCGCAGAUGCCUUGGCGAAGGCUGUGGCUGAGAAGUUAUUCGUGGAGAUUCUGCAGCCCCAGCUCCUGCACGUGUCUGAGCAGAGCAUCCUGACCGCCACUGCCCUGCUCACAACGCUGCUGCGCCAGCUCCGCUCGCCUGCACUGCUUCGAGAGGCCGUGACUUUCCUCCUAGGCACGGAGCAGCAGCCUGCAGCCCCGGAGGACAGCCCCUGCACUCUGUGCACUCACCUCAUCAGGCACUGCGACCAUCUAUCUGAUGAGAUCAGCAUUGCCACGCUGCGGCUGUUUGAGGAGCUGCUCCAGAAACCCCAUGAGCAGAUCGUCCGUAGCCUGAUCCUGUGCCACCUCGAGGGCCGCCUUUACGUGGUCCGGGGCUCACCGGAGCCCGAGAGCUAUGAGGACACUCUAGACCUGGAGGAGGACCCCUACUUCACAGACGGCCUCCUUGACUCUGGCUUUCAGCCCUCCAAGCCUCCCCCAGCCCCUGCCACCAACUUGGAUGGCAAAACGGCGGUGACUGAGAUCGUCAACAGCUUCCUCUGCCUGGUUCCUGAGGAAGCCAAGACGUCAGCCUUCCUGGAGGAGACUGGGUAUGACACAUAUGUCCACGAUGCUUACGGACUGUUCCAGGAGUGCAGCUCUCGAGUCGCCCCCUGGGGCUGGCCCCAGGUUCUCACGCCCCUGGACGCCCACGAGCCGGAGCGGCCUUUCUUUGAGGGUCACUUCUUCCGAAUGCUGUUUGACCGCAUGUCCAGGAUUUUGGAACAGCCAUACAGCCUGAACCUGCAAGUGACCUCAGUCCUGUCCCGGCUCGCCCUCCUCCCCCACCCCCUUAUCCACGAGUACCUCCUGGACCCCUACAUCAACCUGGCCCCUGGCUGCAGGAGCCUGUUCUCUGUGCUCGUCCGGGUAAUUGGGGACUUGAUGCAGAGAAUUCAGAGGGUACCCCAGUUCCCAGGCAAACUGCUCCUGGUGCGUAAGCAGCUGAUGGGUCAGGUCCCUGGGGAACAGCUGGACCACCAGACCCUCCUCCAGGGCGUGGUAGUACUGGAGGAGUUCUGCAAGGAGCUGGCCGCCAUUGCUUUCGUCAAGUUCCCCCCACAGGGUCCCCACCUGUGUCUUUCCCCACCUCCGGAAGGGCAUGUCUGAGCCAGGAGCAUGACGGGAGGGGAGGCUCCUGUCCUCACUUCUUCCCAGGAGCUGCCUCUUGCCUGGCACAGCCACCACCACUCUCUUGCCAGGGCAAGGACUUGGCUCCAUCUCCUCUGUAUCCAGGGACCUCUGCCUCUGGAGGCCUGGGCUUUUGCUCCCAGGUUACCUCGAAGAGACCUUGCCUUGUUGGCUACACCAGGCUGGGCUUUUAAGGAAGUGGGUCUCCAAGGUACUAGACGUCAAUGAGCCAAAGAGGGGACCUCCCAGGAAGCAUGGUGUCCUUGGGGCCUUCUCGGGGGGAGAUGGGUAACGGCCAGGUGAGCACCCGAACUCAGACUCUCCUCUGUUCUUGUGUCUGUCACCUGCCUCUACGGACCAUUUGUGGCCUGGGCCAAGACCUGUGACUCAAUCACAGGGCACUAAGGGAAGUGAGCUGAUGGCUCCAAGGUUGGUCAGGACCGUAGGUCAGAAAGAUGGGGGCAUGGAAGCCCUGUCUCUGUCACACCAGGUACCGUAGAUGCUGCUGAGACAUUUUUUCCCCCUGCCUUCUUAACCCUUGGGGAAGGUACAGCGGAUGGCAGGGGUAGCCCUCUCUUCCUGCCUGGCCCUCCUGGACACUGUUGCAAAAUCCCCAACCGCCUCAUGGCAAGUGGCCAAAGCAUGCUCCGCGCCCAGGCGGGGGCAGCUGCUAAUGAGAACCUUGAUGCAACUGCACCAGGGCGGGAGAGGGCCUGGGGAGCUGGGGCUGGGUGCCAGGCCCCAACUCCAGCUGGUUUCUCUCUGGCGCCUCUGAACCCGUCUCAGCAGGUCCACAACACCUGGGCAGAGGGGCUGAGAGACCGGGGGAGGCCAGGCGCAACCUCCAGUGUUCUCGAUGGAGUGCUCUUCCAGAGGAGCAGGAGAGCUCAGGGUACAGAUGAGGCCAGGAUGCCCACCUGGCUGCAGGCCCCCAAGGUCUGGCAGGGAGGGGCUGGGGCACGGGCAGCAGUCCUGGUGAUCUUCUCCCUGCCUGCCCUCCGCGGCUGGGGCUGCCACCCCACCCGGCCUGAAUCUGUCUCGGCCUGCAGGAACGCACCGGCGGCGCCAGGCAUUACCUCACAGCAGGACUGCAGUUGCUGGCUUUGCUCCUGGGCAAGGAGGGGCAGGCCAGAGCCCCUUUCGCUUCCUUUUCCUGCCCAUGCCGCUUCUAGAAGCCAGCCACAGGUUGCCAAGAGGUGACAUGAAAGAGGAGGAAACUCAAUGACCUCUACCUCUCCCGCAUUCCUCCAAGCUGGGGAGGACUGAACUGCUUCUCUGAAGGACACCAGGCAUGUGCGUGCGUGUGUGUACACAUGGGUGUUGGCGUGGAACGGGGGAGCAGAGCUCAGUGGGCAAAUGGGGUCUGGACUCUUCAGUUCCGAAAACAGUCAAGCAUCCAGCAGUCACAGACACACCCUUCCUCGAUGCACUUUGGCAUUCUCACAGUGUCCCCCCACCAGACACCGCGGCAAUAAAUGGUGUGGUUGCGUGGA